AAACAUGGCGCACUAGGAAGCCUGUCCCUGAACUGCGGGACAAGUCCCGGCAAGGCCUGCUGGAGGCGUCGUGCCUCUCCAUGGCGACCGGACGCGUGGCCCGGAAGUGGGCGGAGCUGAUGGAGGGGCGGGGCAUCUCUGUGACGCCAGGGGCUGGGCCUAAAUGGCGAAACCCGAGCGGCUCACGGGGGGGUUUGAACUGGCCAAUGGGCGAGCUGCCGACUGGGUGUCGGAAGAGGAGGCGGAAGCGGGGAGGAGCCGCAGCCGGAGCCGGACUGCAUCCGCCGCGGCGUCUCCAUGGCACGACCCUGGCCUCCGACUUCAACGACUUCAUAAGGAGGCGUUUCUGGGCGCAGCCGUGUCGCUCCUGGUUUCCAUCGUGUGGGAAAAACGGAGUAACGAGUCUCACGCAGAAAAAAGUCUUGAGAACACCUUGUGGCGCACCCAGUGUAACUGUGACGAAGCGAACCAUGAAGGACCGUUCUUCAACUCCCCCCUUACAUGUUCACGUGGAUGAGAACACCCCUGUCCACGUCCACAUAAAAAAACUCCCGAAACCAUCAGCGACCACCAGCCAGAAAUCUCAUAAGCGAGGAAUGAAAGGGGACACCGUGAAUGUGCGGCGGAGUGUCCGGGUGAAAACCAAGAAUCCACCUCAUUGCCUGGAGAUCACACCACCAUCUUCAGAAAAGCUGGUCUCAGUGAUGCGGUUAAGUGACCUCUCUACAGAAGAUGACGACUCAGGUCACUGUAAAAUGAACCGUUAUGAUAAGAAGAUUGACAGUCUAAUGAACGCGGUUGGUUGUCUCAAGUCUGAGGUAAAGAUGCAGAAAGGUGAGCGCCAGAUGGCCAAAAGAUUCCUGGAGGAGCGGAAGGAGGAGCUGGAAGAGGUGGCCCAGGAACUGGCUGAGACGGAGCACGAGAACACAGUGCUCAGGCACAACAUUGAGCGCAUGAAGGAGGAGAAGGACUAUACCAUACUCCAGAAGAAACACCUACAGCAGGAGAAGGAGUGCCUCAUGUCCAAGCUGGUAGAGGCUGAAAUGGAUGGAGCAGCUGCUGCCAAACAAGUCAUGGCCUUGAAGGAUACCAUCGGGAAGCUAAAAACAGAGAAACAAAUGACCUGCACGGACAUCAACACUCUAACGAGGCAGAAGGAACUUCUCCUGCAGAAGCUGAGCACAUUUGAGGAGACCAACCGUACCCUCCGAGACCUGCUGAGGGAACAGCACUGUAAAGAGGAUUCAGACAGACUAAUGGAGCAACAAGGAGCUUUACUGAAACGGCUAGCAGAGGCAGACACAGAGAAAGCGCGCCUGCUGUUGCUGCUGCAAGACAAGGACAAGGAAGUAGAAGAGCUCCUCCAGGAAAUACAAUGUGAGAAGGCUCAAGCAAAGACAGCAUCUGAGCUUUCCAAGUCCAUGGAGUCCAUGCGUGGACAUUUGCAGGCACAGCUUCGAUGCAAAGAGGCUGAGAACAGUCGACUUUGCAUGCAGAUUAAGAAUCUGGAGCGCAGUGGGAACCAGCACAAGGCAGAAGUGGAGGCCAUCAUGGAGCAGCUAAAGGAGUUGAAGCAAAAGGGAGAUCGAGACAAGGAAAACUUGAAGAAGGCCAUCCGAGCCCAGAAGGAGCGAGCCGAGAAGAGCGAGGAGUACGCUGAGCAGCUGCAUGUGCAACUUGCUGACAAGGAUCUUUAUGUCGCUGAAGCUUUAUCCACUCUGGAGUCGUGGAGGAGCCGCUACAACCAAGUUGUAAAAGACAAGGGAGACCUUGAGCUGGAAAUUAUUGUCCUGAACGAGUAUGUCUUGAAGAGGGAAAGGGAGCAUGGGCCUAUUGAGGGCCUUGGGUAUGCAAGUAGAGGGAGCUGGAGCCUUUUCUUUGCUGGUUCCUUGGAUGGAGUUGAGGGUGAGAGGGCCCCUGGUUCAGAAUCUUCCUGUUGGUUACUCAUAAGCCAUGUCUUUCAGGCGAGCUUCGCCCCAAUGGAGGACAAGCUCAACCAGGCACAGCUCGAGGUCCAGCAGCUGAAGGUAUCAGUGAAGAACUAUGAGGGAAUGAUUGACAACUAUAAGAGUCAGGUCAUGAAGACCAGAUUGGAAGCUGAUGAAGUGGCUGCCCAACUAGAACGCUGCGACAAAGAGAAUAAGAUCCUUAAAGAUGAGAUGAACAAAGAGAUUGAGGCGGCACGUCGGCAGUUCCAGUCCCAGCUGGCAGACCUGCAGCAGCUGCCUGACAUCCUCAAGAUCACGGAGGCAAAGCUGGCGGAGUGCCAAGACCAGUUACAGGGCUACGAGAGGAAGAACAUCGAUCUCACAGCCAUCAUAUCAGACCUGCGCAGCCGGAUCGAACAUCAGGGGGACAAGCUGGAGAUGGCGAGAGAGAAACAUCAGGCUUCCCAGAAGGAAAAUAAGCAGCUGAGUCUGAAGGUGGAUGAACUGGAGAGGAAACUGGAAGCGACCAGUGCCCAGAAUAUCGAGUUCCUACAGGUGAUUGCCAAGAGGGAGGAGGCAAUCCACCAGUCCCAGCUGCGGCUGGAGGAGAAAACACGGGAAUGUGGGAGCCUGGCAAGGCAGUUGGAGACUGCCAUUGAAGAUGCUAGGAGGCAGGUGGAACAAACCAAGGAGCAUGCACUCUCCAAGGAGCGAGCAGCCCAAAACAAAAUCCUGGACCUUGAGACCCAGCUGAGCAGAACCAAGACUGAACUCAGCCAGCUGCGGCGGAGCCGUGAGGAUGCUGACCGCCGCUACCAGAGUCGACUACAGGACCUGAAAGAUCGCCUGGAGCAGUCGGAGAGCACCAAUCGCAGCAUGCAGAACUAUGUCCAGUUCCUCAAGUCGUCAUAUGCCAAUGUGUUUGGGGAUAGUCCCUAUGCUACCUACCUGACCAGCUCCCCUAUCCGCUCCCGAUCUCCUCCUACCUGAGGCCACCUGUCUAGGGCCCAGAGCCCUGACUGAUUCCAUGGGAACUAAGUUGCCAAGCCAUAGCUAAAAAGCAUGUGGGUUUUCCUCUCUCCCCCAGAUGAAGGGUGUUCAGGGUCUUCUCCUCAGCUACUAACUCCAGAAAAGUCCUAAAGCAACAGAAGAUGAAGCAGGAUGCACUUGGGUGUCUCCUCCCUGCUACAGUUCCCUGAUGGAAGAUUUCUUAAUUAUCUUCACAGCCCUUAAAUUACUACAUUAGGGUACCAGAUUUUAACUUACUAUGAUUUUGCUCCUUCCUUUCCCUAGAGAAUAUUUGAACUAGACUUUUCACCCAUCCCCUUAUAGCCAUCAUCUUUUUAGAGAUCUCUCUCUCUCAAAUUUUCUCUGACCUGAACCAGCAGGAGCUCUGAGGCUGUGAGCACUUUCACUUGUUUUUUUUUUUUUUUUUUUUUCUGAUUUCACAGGUGUGUUUUUCCCAAGCUUAAUGCAUAUCUCUCACAUCUCAAUUCCUUAAGGCCACUGACCUCCAUUGAACAAUAGACCCUUGAGACCUGUGUAAUCUCCCUCCCAUUGGUUUUUAUUUUUCUUUGCCUGAUUUGUAUCUAUGGAAUUCAUUUAUUGUUGUUUGUGUGGUUUAUAAAAAGCUUUUAUAAUCAGUUAUUUAAGUCUC